AUGGCGCCGUUGUGUAAGUACAACAGCUCCAGCGGGCUCUUCCGCUCGCGUUCCAGGUCGUAUAGCGCAGUCGCGUCACCGUACGCAGUAAGUUUUUUUCAUUUUUACAGCAACUUAUUGUAGUACUGUAUGUUACUAUAGUAAAAAAAUUUUUAAAACUAGUAAUUAAAAUUAUGUUUCAGUUGUCGCGCACCUACUCUUUACCUACAGUCAACCAGUACAAGCCAACAUGGUCCAGCUACGACAACUACUACACUCCAGCCAGGACAUACCAUACAUCUGGUAGAGUAAGUUUGUAUUACUUUUACACCAUAAGAUAAGUAACAUUUACCAUUCUAUAUUACAGUUUGACGACCACGCUUACUAUCCCGGACGCAGUUACAGUACAUACCACAGUUACCAUUACCCGCGCAGGUAUUACUACAGUAGCUACGUGCCUAACUAUACCUACACGUUGUACUCGUAUCUUCCAAGCGCCAAAUCAUCUCAGUAAGUUGACACAAUGGCAAGAUACUAAACUUUAAAAAACGAUCAUUACACAUACAAUACCUAAAAUAUAAGGAGAACCUACUAAAUUAUGUUACAGCUACAGCGACUACACCUCCAGCACCGGAUAUUACAAUGCAUAUGGCUGUGGCACCCACUACAACAGUCCCUACAGCCUACGAUCUUAUUUGUACAGUUCUCGCGUAAAUUGA